AUGACAAAUGUUACAGCAGUACUGGAAUUCAGGCUGCUGGGUUUCAGUAGCAGCCCACACUGCCAGAUCCUGCUAUUCACAUUGUUCUUGGUUAUUUACAUCCUUACAAUCAUGGGAAACAUCAUUAUUAUUUCAGUGGUAACACUGGAGCCACAACUUCAUUCACCUAUGUACAAAUUUCUCAGGAACCUCUCUUUCCUAGAGAUCUGUUACACCACUACAAUUGUACCCAAGAUGCUGGCCAAUCUAGUGUCAGAGAAGAAAACCAUUUCUUUCUCAGGGUGCAUGGUGCAACUUUACUACUUUGUUUUCUUGGGAGCUACUGAGUGCUACCUCUUGGCAGUGAUGGCAUAUGACCGAUUCCUUGCAAUCUGUGACCCCCUGCAGUAUAUCACAUCAAUGACUGUUGAGUUUUAUACCUGUCUGACUGUGGCCUCCUGGGUCACUGGUGUUUUCACUGGUUUUCUGCCAUGUCUGAUGAUCUCCAGAUUGCAUUUCUGCAGUUACAAUCUAAUUGAUCACUUCUUCUGUGAUAUCCCUCCUCUACUGAUGCUCUCCUGCUCAGACACCACUGUCACAAAAGCUGUCAUCUUCAUCCUUUCUCUCCUGGUCCUUUCCAGUUGCUUUUUGUUGACUCUUGUCUCAUACCUAUUGAUAAUUCUUAGCAUCCUGAAGAUUCCCUCUGCUUCUGGAAGAAGAAAGACCUUUUCCACCUGCAGCUCACACCUUAUGGUAGUGACCAUAUACUAUUGUACAAUGAUUUUCAUGUAUGUUCGUCCCACCUCCAGCCUUCCCUCACAGCUCAACAAGGGUAUAUCUGUGCUCUACACAGUGAUCACACCGCUUCUCAAUCCAGUCAUCUACAGCCUGAGGAACAAGGGAUUUAAGAACGCCUUGGGAAAAAUAGUCACUCGAUAUCAUCGUGUUCAUGCUUUGUAA